AUGACUACAAAUUUUCUUAGAUUAACAAACCCCAAGAGAGUAAAAUUAGUAUCAACUUGCGAUAUUUGUAAAUCUCGAAAGGUCAAAUGCGACAAAGAACGACCAGAAUGUGGUACUUGUAAAAGAACAAAUAGAAAAUGUAGUUACAAUUAUGCACAGUUAACGAAAUCGAUGCGAGAUAAACAGAAUGGCAUGAAAUCGCAAAAUGACAAAAGUUACUUAGAUUCAUGCUUAGAAGACAUACAAAAAGUGCAGUUUGGCCCAUUAUUUGAAGAAUCAGGUUAUUUAUCCAUGGUCUCGAGAGGAUUUGGUGUUGAUAUAAACGAAGGCCAAAAUAUUGUUGGAAUGUUGUCUACACCAACGAUUCCAUUGCAACAAAAUGAUGGACAAAAUUUCUCUAGCAUUGAUGGAACAUCGGUGAUCACUAGUGAGGUUCUUUAUCAUUCUAGCGAAAUUGCAUCAAAUAUUCCUAGGGUAUCUGAACAAUGUUUGUACGAUCCUACAUAUUAUCUAAAUUGUGCUGAUUUUGCUGCACUCACUAAACAGGUACCUCACCAAGAACAAUUUUUGGAAAUAUCACCUGAACAAAUGCCUCCAUUGGCACCAUCAUCUCAACAGCAUCAAAAUAACAGCGAUAAUAAAAAUAGCAACAUUACUAAUAUUGAUGCUUAUCAGAAUACAUCAUCCAAACCUGGUUAUGACAUGAUGGAAGAUUUAAUUUCUUCAAUCAAUAACAUAAAUCUUUACGAAUCAACCAGAUAUAUCGGUGAAGGUUCUUUGUUGAUGCUUGAUGAAGAUUAUAAUGGAGAAAUGAUUAUUCCUCAAACACAAGCACGUUUAUCUGAGGUUGACGAUUCAUUAAAGAUACUCCCUGACCCACAGACUGUUGAGGAAUUAAUAUCUUUAUAUUAUAAAAAUGUUCACCGUUACUUUCCUGUUUUACGAGAAAAGGUAGUCUAUGCUCUUCGAGAUCUUUCCAAAUCACAACAUUUGCUAUUGUUAAAUUGCAUUUUCUUUGCUGCAUCACCAUUUCAAGAAGAUCCCGAGAAGAGGGAUGGGAGGAUUUACUUUGAAAGAGCUGAAGCUUUGUUAUAUGAGUAUUGUACACAACCUCAUGUUCUCACUGUGAUUGCUAUUAUUCUUAUGGGUCGUUAUAAUAAGCAGCCAGGAGCUGGUUGGAUGUAUAAUGGAAUUGCAACAAAAAUGGUAUUUGAACUUGGCUUACAUCGUAAACCAAAAAAUUUAAAAAUCAAAAUGGAAAAGGAUGUUGAGAUGUUGAGAAAUGAGGCAUUCUGGGUGACAUUUAUAUCUGAAAACUUUAUUUCGGCAACGUAUGGUCGACCAAAUAUGAUUGACGAAACAGAUUGUGAUGUUGAUGUGACAGUUUUACCACCCGAAGAUCAAAAUUUAUUUGAUGAAAAAACAAAACUUCGAAUAGCCUUUAUUCAUUUGAUAAAUCUUAGUCGGAUUUGUGCAAGAGUACGUAAAUAUGUGCAUGCAGCCUCCAGAUUGAAAUUUUUGAUACAAGAAGACGAAAAUAAAUUUAGAGUUCUUGAUGCUGCACUUGCUAGCUGGUUUCACAGUUUACCUGAUUGGCUGAAAUUUGAAGAAAUAUCAAAAGACCCAAAUGGAACUUUGUUAAAUGGAAUUGGAGGUGAUUUACAUAUUUUUUUCUACACAACACUUAUACAACUUCAUAGUAGAUAUUUAAAACAUUCAGAAACAUAUGACCAUAAUUCAUCAUAUUUGGCAAAUUCACCUGUGAUCUGCAUUCAAUCAGCAACUAUUAUUGUGCAUUGGUUGGAAAUCUUAUUAUCAAAACAUCCAAAUUUUUUUGCCUUUUCUAUGUCAGGUCCAUUUGCAAUUGAUCCGUCAAUGCGUGUAUUUUCUUGGCAUGCAAAACAUAAUGAAAAUGACAAGAAAUCAACAGAUAUGCUUCAAAGGCUUCAAUUUAUCAAAUCACAAGUUGAAAUAAUUUCCAGAGGGUAUGAUCGAGGAAGAAAAGAUGGUAGUAAUUCAAUAAUGUCAACUGAUAGAAUGAUUGGUGAUUGGUUAGGUAUUACUGUACAUCCACAUAAUGGAUUGAGAAAUGGUGAUGUAGAAAUUAGAGACUGGGAAGUAUUUGUUAGUGAUGAUGAUAAAAUUUUGAGAAAGCAAUACAGUAUGGUAGUAAAGAAACAGUCAGGAGGACCUUUUAUGCCUAAAAGACAUGGCUCAUUAAGUUAUCCAAGAGGAUCAAGACAUUAUGGCUCAUCAAAGUAUGAUUACUUUGGUUCAAACUUGCAAAGCACAGAUGAUCAAUUCAAUUUUACCUUUAAAAGUGAUGAAAAAAUCAAUUUUUGUGCAUUUCAACCACAACAAAAUCAACAAAUAAAUUGCAAUGAUGAUGAUAGGAUUAAUAAUGCACAAUAA